AUGAGAAACUUAACCAUCCAUAUAAACCUUCCCCAUGACCUCAUAGGUUCAUUGUCCAAAGAUUUUAGGUUACAACUUCUACAUCAUCUUCCUCCCACAUCAUCUUCCUCCAGCGACUCAAACUUCGAGAUCAACUUCAGAAUUAGCACUUCGGAGUUGUCUUCCUCCAGCGGCCACAAGACAGCUCCAUCGAGCAAUCAGGCAACAUUAAGAAUACACAAUGAAAAGAAAAGGUGGGCCACAUACCAAGGAAUGUUAGAAACCUACCGAGAUGGUUUAAACAAAUCAAAUAUGCAAUCCAACAAGACAAUCAGCAAAAUCGCAAGAUUAGAAAGGAGAAUGACACUUCAAGAGAGAGAAACAGAAGGUCUUCAAUCAUACAUGGAGAUGUGCCAGGCUCCGCAGACAGACAAAAAGGACAACCUUUGAUACAUGUGAAGUAAGAAAAUCUUUCACAUAGUUUCUCUCUUAUGCAUGUUAUCAUUCAUUUGGAUUAAUUACAUUCUCAAUUCAAAUGUUAAACUUUAAGAUCAAUGCCGCACGGUUGGUAUUACAGUAUACAGGAAGCAACAUUAUGUACCGUGCCUAUGCUAUACACAUCAACUAUGCAAUCUAUGUGCUAA